AUGGCCACCCCCGGCCAGCCCAGCCCUGAGCAAAUGGCGGCCAUGCAGCAACAGUUCGCCGCCGAAGCCGCUAAACGAGGGAUGACGCCCCAGCAAUUCGCCGCAAAGCAGCGUGAACAGCUAACUGCUGAUGCUACAAAGCUUGGCCUGACCACUGAACAAUAUGUUGCGCAGUUGCGCAUGCGAGCAAUGCAAGCCCAUCAGCAGCAACAAAAGAUUCAAGCCGAACAGGGUCAAGCAGAAGGACAACAAGCUGCAUCGCCCGCACCCCAGCAGCACCAACACACAACCACACAACAGGUUCCUGUGAACCCCAACAAUCCUCCGGACCCAAAGGCAGUGGCAGUGGCCAACUGGCUGCGGUCGCAAAACCUCAAGCCACGCACAUGUAUCAUGGACGGACAGCGCAAGGACAUGUUCAAGGGUGAGCAGCCACCAACAUCUAACUACAUUACGAGGAAUCCCCAUCUAACAGGACUUUCUUCAAUACAGUCAAGCGCGCAAUCCGGGCCAUUGAAUCCCCCGCCUAUGCCAAAGCCGCCUCAAAGAAGAACUCCCUCCUCCCCCCCAGUGACCGAUCGCGCCUCCGCCGAGAACGUUUUCAAGCUUCUUCCACUUUCCCUUUUGGCUCUCCGAGUCAGUAAGGUUGAUCCCCAUGAAGGACAUAACCAUGCCAAACCCAAGAACCGCACCAAGGGCCUAUGGACCGUGAAGAUCGAACAGCACCAGGAGACCGACCCUAUGAUGCAUUAUGUUUGGUUGUAUGACGGCCCACAGUGGAAGCAAAAGGCCAUGGCCGCCGCCGUGGUCGCGGGUAUUUUCGCCGUUGUCCUGUUCCCGUUGUGGCCUAUGAUCAUGCGCCAGGGAGUGUGGUAUCUGAGUGUUGGCAUGAUGGGACUGUUGGGUCUCUUCUUCGCCAUGGCUAUCUUCCGUUUGAUUCUCUUCUGCGUUACUGUCUUCACCGUGGCCCCAGGUCUCUGGCUCUUCCCCAAUCUGUUCGAGGAUGUUGGAUUCUUCGACAGCUUCAAGCCUCUAUGGGGUUGGCAAGAGACAAAAAAGAGCAAAAAGUCUAGCAAAUCCAAGGCCUCAGUCUCUGCUCCCGCCCCAGUUACCGCAGCUGCUCCCUCAGAUGCCCCCUCGGCGACCACAACCUCCGCCAAGCCCACUUCUACCCCGUCCACAGUCGCAGCGCGACGAGGCCUGACCGCAAGUGUGGAAGAGGUGGAGGAGUAG